AUGACGGCCGCGGGCACUACCCCGGGCGGUGGCCUCUCGCCUGAGCAGCUCGCCAAGUUCAACAGCGACGGGUACCUCAUCAUACCCGGCGCGCUCGCGCCGACCACCGUCUCCGCGCUCCUCGCCGAGACGCACAAGAUGCUCGCCGAGUUCCCCAUUGAGACGCACCCGCUGACGCGCUUCACCACCGGCGGCGCCGCCGGCGACGCGGCGCACGUGGGCGACGACUACUUUCUCGGCUCCGGCGACAAGAUCCGCUUCUUCUUUGAAGAGGACGCCUUUGACGCCGCGGGCGCGCUCGCCAAGCCCAAGGAAAAGGCCAUCAACAAGAUUGGCCACUACCUGCACGGGCUGAGCGCCCCGUUUGCGGCCCUCCUCGACGACGACGCCAUCCGGGCCGCCGCCGCGCCGGUGGUGAGCAUGGUCAUCUGCAAGCAGCCCGAGAUUGGCGGCGCGGUGCCGCCGCACCAGGACUCGACGUUUCUGUACACGAGCCGGCCGUCGGCCGUCGGCUUCUGGUACGCGCUCGAGGACGCCACGCUCGAGAAUGGCUGCCUGAGCUUCCUGCCGGGGUCGCACCGGUGGGCGCCGGUGGCGCGGCGCCUCGUGCGGACAGCGGCGGGCGCCGGCACCGAGAUGGUGGAUAAUGACGGGCCGCGCUUCCCAGAGGGCGACGGGUAUGGCGAGGCCGGCGCGCCGGCGGGCGGCGCCCGGAAUGACCUGUACGUGCCGGGCGAGGUCCGCGCCGGCGACCUGGUGCUCAUCCAUGGAAAUCUGCUGCACAAGAGCGAGAGGAACACGAGCCAAAAGGGCAGAAUCAUUUACACGUUUCAUGUGAUUGAGGGCCAGGACAGGGAGUAUGACGAGAGGAACUGGCUGCAGCCGCCCAAAGAGGGCUUCACGAAGCUGUACGUGUGA